UGAAUAUAAAUACAUUUAAUUAUUAUAAUUAAAACAAAUAAAAUGAGGAGUUUUUUCAUAAGUUUUUGUUUUCUUUUAACUAUUGUCUGCACGAGACAACAAAAUGAAAAUGAUAUAAUGCAAACACCCAUUGUGGACGUGGAAUUAACGGAAGCCGGCUUCCAUAGAAAUCUUAUCUAUACAAUACAAUUUGAUUAUCCUUUGGCGGGUAAAGAAUGUGAAUACGUUUUAAGGCAGUAUUUGCCAGCCUCAGUGUAUGUAAGCGUUGAUCAGCUAGAAGACCUACAACGAUUGAAAAAGCUUGAUGCCAUUUAUCCCGCAUUUGUGGAUAUAGAAAAGCCAACAGAGCAAUCUAAUGACUUUGAAGUUUUUCUUAAAGGUGUGCCCAAAAUAACCGAUACUAUAACGUUGCCCAUACAUUUUCGCUAUCAUGCUCCUAACGAUGACAGUUCCUUUGUAGCAGUAGAUAUAAAUACACCAACAAUGUUUAUCAACUGUCCUAGCGAUGAACAGUAUUUGUUAGAGAAUGAAUUACAAAUCGAGCCAAAUACCAGUUACUGCUUGGAUGAGAAGGUGCCAAUUAUAAAGGAAUCAACUAGUCGCCAAACAAAGGAUACAUGGAAUGAGCCCUGCAAUUGGAAAUUUGUGAAGGUAGAUGUUAAAUUAAAAUCCCAGUUACGAGCCGAAAUACCAGUAGGUAAUGAACGUGCCUUUCCACCGAUAUUGUAUGCCACCAUUAUUGUUAGUUGGAUUGUUUCCUUGUGGACGGUGUUUCGUACGCGACGUGUUCCUAUGGCCAUCAAUGAGAAGUUGGAAGAGCAAAGACUUCUGCAAAAGAAACACAAAUAGAUUAUGAAAGGAGAAGAUUCGAAAACAAAGACUUGUACAAAAGAAUAAUUAAUACUUAUUAAAGAAAUAUCGAAGCAAUCAAUCAAUAAUAUAAUGCAUUUGUAAGUAACGAAUAGUAUUAAUCACAAUUUUCUAUAAAAUAAUGCAAAUUGUAUUUCCACUAAACUAAUAAAUAAAUAUAUUAAAUUGAAUUCAAA